AUGGCUGCUCAGGCUUGUUCCUCUUCGCCAUCCACUGAGGUUUGGAUUGCUGAUACUGGUGCAACCAACUAUAUGACUGUUGAAUUUGGGAAUUUGUCUGCUCCUACUCCAUAUAUUGGUUCUGAAACCAUUUCUACUGCAAAUGGAUAUAUUGGUUAUGAAACCAUUACUACUGCAAAUGGAUCAGCACUUGGGGUCUCCUUUAGUCCUUCACCACUUCAAGAACCACUCAGGCCUCCUAAUGUCUAUUAUCCGGCAAUUAGUCCUUUGACACACCUACCUUCUCUGCCCCCAAUCCCAGUAGAUUUAUCACAUUCCUCUUGUCCUUCUUUAGAUUUGGCAACAAUUCUCCCAGUUGCUCCUCCCAAUGUUCAUCCUAUGCAGACUAGAAGCAAAUCUGGCAUUGUUAAGAAAAAGGUGUUCCUAUCAGCUGUUCAAGCCUCUACAGAUCUCUCUGUUACAGAACCUUCCACUUUCGCUUCCGCAGCUGGCUUGGAUUAUGCAGAGACUUUUAGUCCUGUGGUGAAACAUACCACUAUCCGUUUGGUAUUACCCUUAGCUGCAACUUUUGGCUGGAAACUUCACCAAUUAGAUGUCAAAAAUGCCUUUCUUCAUGGCAUUCUCAAAGAGGAAGUCUAUAUGUCUCAACCACAAGGUUUUUUUGAUCCUCUCUAUCCUCAUCAUGUUUGCCGAUUGGAUAAAUCUCUAUAUGGUCUCAAGCAAGCUCCUCGAGCUUGGAAUGAGAGGUUUACCAAUUAUCUUCCUUGUAUUGGAUUUCGUACCUCUCAAGCUAAUCCCUCUCUCUUUGUUAAGCAAGAUGCCAUCUCUUUGGACCCGCCCCAAAUUCCUCGGAACCCGAGACGAAUCCUGUGGAAAUUUCGACAUCACACCAAUGCCAGGCCCACUUACUAA